AUGUCCCUGCCGUCCCCCUCACUCUCCCGGGAGCUGUGCCCACCUGACCCGGCAUUUGCGCCUUUGUCUUUGUGGCCCGGAAGUGGCCCCGCCGGCGGAAGCACAAGAAGUGGCCACGUGCUGUACAGCGGCUGGCUGAGGAAGUCGCCCCCCGAGAAGAAGCUGAGGCUCUUUGCCUGGAGGAAACGCUGGUUUAUCCUGCGGAGGGGCCAGACUAGCAGUGACCCAGAUGUUCUGGAAUACUACAAGAAUGAUGGCUCCAAGAAGCCCCUGCGCACCAUCAACCUGAACCUCUGUGAGCAGCUGGAUGUUGGUGUGACUCUGAACUUCAACAAGAAGGAGAUUCAGAAGGGCUAUAUGUUUGACAUCAACACCAGUGAGCGUACCUUUUACCUGGAGGCUGAGACCAGGGAGGACAUGAACGAGUGGGUCCAGAGCAUCUGUCAGAUCUGUGGCUUCAGGCAGGUUGAGGAAAGCACAGGCUUCCUGGGAAACAUUUCCUCAGCCAGUCACGGCGCCUGCUCUUCUCCAGCUGAGCCCAGCCGCUCCCAUCAGCACCUCCCCCAAGAACAAGAACCCACAUCUGAGCCCCCGGUGUCUCACUGUGUGCCGCCCACCUGGCCCAUCCCUGCACUUCCGGGGUGUCUCCGCUCGCACCAGCACGCCAGCCAGAGAGCAGAACAUGCAAGGAGUGCCAGCUUCUCCCAGGGUUCUGAGGCCCCAUUCAUCAUGAGGAGAAACACAGCCAUGCAAAAUCUUGCCCAGCACAGUGGAUACAGUGUUGAUGGGGUCAGCGGUCACAUCCAUGGCUUCCAUAGCCUUUCCAAGCCGAGCCAGCACAAUACAGAAUUCAGAGGCAGCACCCACAGAAUCCCCUGGAGCCUGGCCUCCCAUGGCCACACCAGAGGCAGCCUCACAGGCUCUGAGGCGGAUAAUGAGGCUUCCUCCGGCAAGUACACCCAGCAUGGUGGAGGGAAUGCCAGCCGGCCUGCUGAGUCCAUGCAUGAGGGAGUCUGUUCUUUCCUGCCAGGAAAAACACUUGUGGGCCUGUCAGACAGCAUUGCUUCUGAGGACAGCUGUGUGCCCAUGAACCCAGGCUCCCCGACCCUGCCGGCUGUGAAGCAAGCAGGCGAUGAUUCCCAGGGUGUCUGCAUCCCUGUGGGCUCAUGUCUUGUUCGCUUUGACCUGCUUGGCUCCCCACUCACAGAGCUUUCUAUGCACCAAGACCUCAGCCAGCGACAUGAGGUCCAGCUGCCCCCUGUCAACCGCAGCCUCAAGCCUAACCAGAAAGCAAACCCAACACCGCCCAACCUGAGAAACAACAGGGUCAUCAAUGAGCUCUCCUUCAAGCCACCUGUCACAGAGCCCUGGUCUGGGACCAGCCACACCUUUGACUCCAGCUCCUCCCAACACCCCAUCUCCAUGCAGAGCAUCACCAACACAGACUCAGAAGACAGUGGAGAGAGGUAUCUUUUCCCGAACCCGGCAUCUGCAUUUCCUGUUUCCGGUGGCACCAGCAGUUCAGCCCCGCCGAGGAGCACUGGUAACAUCCACUACGUGGCCCUGGACUUCCAGCCGAGCAAGCCAUCCAUAGGCUCUGUCACGUCCGGCAAGAAGGUGGACUAUGUCCGGGUGGAUCUGGAGAAGACCCAGGCCCUGCAGAAGACCAUGCAUGAACAGAUGUGCCUGCGGCAGUCCUCGGAGCCUCCCAGGGGCGCCAAGCUGUGACUCGGGCCACCAAAACCAGAGUGGGGCCAGGACAGUGCCUCAGAGCUGCUCCUCCACACUCUAAAGCUCUGUAAUACCAGGGACCGCAUCCCUUACAUAGAGAGCAGAGGCCUGAUCAAUAUACAUCCUUUGCCUGCUUGGGGCCCACCUGUGCCUUUGGCUCUGUGC